AUGACGCCCCACGGACGCCGGCCUGUCCCGGCGCCAUAUCCAUGUCCCACGUCCGUGUGGGCAGGCUGCGCCGUGGCGGCUCGCGCAAUGAUGCGGCUGAGCGACGGCCCUCCUCCUCCACGGUCGGUGGGUGGCUCACUUACACGCGCUCGCCGCCACGGGGGGCCCUUCCCGGAACACGAAACCCGGCGAACGGGCUCGCGCGACCCAUCGAGCCACAGUGUUUCAACCAGCCUCUCUCGACCAAGCGAUGGGCACCUGCUCUCUGCCUUCUGCGUCCAGAGGAUGACGCGUGAUGUGAUGCGCCCGCGCUCUGCCGCCGACGACACGCCAUGCCCCAGGGGCCGCAGUCACUUUGCAGCCCCAAGGCAUGUUAGAUGA